UAUCUUUGUUUUCCUUUCAGCAAACCCUUGUGAGCUCCACUGUCGCCCAAUAGACGGCCAUUUUUCAGAGAAGAUGCUUGAUGCAGUCACUGAUGGUACUCCUUGCUUUGAAGGAAGGCACAGCCGAGAUAUCUGUAUUAAUGGCAUGUGUAAGACUGUUGGCUGCGAUUAUGAGAUAAAUUCCAACGCGACUGAAGACCAGUGUGGAGUUUGCCUGGGAGACGGCUCUGCUUGUCGUACAGUGAAGAUGAUGUUUAAUCAAAGUGAAGGAUUUGGAUACGUUGAUAUUGGCCUAAUUCCGAAAGGUGCGAGGGGAAUCAAAGUCAUGGAAGUUGCAGAAGCAGGAAAUUUCCUUGCUGUACGAAGCAAAGAUCCAGGAAAAUAUUACCUGAAUGGAGGCUUUAUCAUCCAGUGGAAUGGUGAAUACAAAGUGGCAGGAACGAUAUUUCAGUAUGACAGAACAGGGGAUCUAGAAAAUCUGACUGCUCCAGGACCCACCAAUGAAUCAAUAUGGAUUCAGCUACUUUUUCAGGAAACAAACCCUGGAAUCAAGUAUGAAUAUACUGUACGUAAAGACGAAAGUCAUGAGAACGAGAUUGGAGAGCCAGAGUAUUUUUGGCAAUAUGGAGACUGGACAGCCUGCAGUGUUACCUGUGGAAGAGGGGUACGGCGCCAGAUUGCCCACUGCAUGUGGAAGGGAAGUGGAGCCAUCAAAAACUCCUUCUGUGACCCAGCAACACAGCCAAAUGGGCGACAAAAGAAAUGCUAUGAAAAGGACUGUCCACCCAGAUGGUGGGCAGGAGAGUGGCAAAAAUGUUCGACCACGUGUGGCCCAACAGGCCAGAAGAAGCGAACUGUACUUUGCAUCCAGACAGUGGGAUCUGAUGAGCAGGCACUGGCUGUCACAGAGUGCCAGCACCUGCUUAAACCGAAGACUCAUCUGUCGUGCAACAGAGAUAUCUUGUGCCCAUCUGACUGGACAGUGGGCAACUGGACUGAGUGCACGGUUACUUGUGGUGGUGGAAUAAGGACUCGUAAUGUCACUUGUGCCAAAAAUAAGGAUGAACCAUGUGAUACUUCCAAGAGACCAAACUCUAAGGCCCUGUGUGGUCUCCAGCAAUGUCCUUCUGCUGGAAGAUUUCUGAUACCCCGACUGGCACCCAGAAGAGGAAAGAUCAUAAUCAGAAAAACAAGUACUAAUCCUGAACAGACUCCUCCUCCAAGAAUAACCAUACCAAGCCCAAGGUCCCGUACAACAACAAAAAUACCCAAGCCUGAAACGGUAGCUCCCUGUUUGCCCACAUCCUCUGGUUUGGGUAAUGUCUCAGUAAAAGAAGGAACAGCCAACAAAACAUUACAAAAUAAUUUUGCUGGACCAAAUGAUGUUUACAAUUAUUCAGUUGUUUCUACUGAAAAUAGUUCACACCAAAAUACUACUUCAUGGCCUUUUCAUAAUAGCUUAAGUACUGAAAUUACAAGGCAUGCUGAAAAUAUUUCUGAAAGUAAGCCAAUUUCUACUGUAGAGAGUGAGGUGCAAAGAAGUGAGGACACUCCUGUCUCCUCAUUCACCAGUAGUCCAGAAAUAACUUCCAGCUAUGAUUAUUUAACUGAAGAAUCUGAUGACAUUGAUGGGGCAGCUGGAGGCAGUGAGAAACCAAUUGAUCUUCUUUACAGCACGGAACUCAAUCCUGAAAUCAGAACCAGGAGCACAACCCUAGAUACCAGCUCUCCUGUCCUUCAAAAUGAGGGUGUGACUUCUCAACCCCCCACAGCAUCUCAUCACCCAGAAACUUCUACACUCCUUCCUGUUAGCAGAGCAGAACAAGGGUUGGCAUUUCCAACAACAGCAAACUAUAUCAGUCUGCAAGUUGAUGUGCCUGUUGUAGAAGUAACUACCCCACAAGCUUUGGUUACAGUAAUGCCCACAGCGUUUGGUGAUGUACCGAGAGACCAGACUGACAAGAGAAGAGAAAUAAAGCUACCUGAUGCCAUAAGUUCCAGCACACAAUUGUCAGCUCUUGAGCAUACUCUCAGGAACCAAAAUGCAACAUCUGAGGGGAUUUUGACGAAUGUCACACCAAACAGCCACCUAAUAACAUCCAGCAACUUGCUUGGUGAUGCAUACUGGAUAAUAGGCAACUGGAGUGAGUGCUCUACCACCUGUGGAAUGGGGGCUUUCUGGAGACACGUGGAGUGCAGCAGCAGGAACACAACUCACUGUCAGCACAUGAAAAAGCCUGAUCCUGCAAGAAAAUGUUAUCUCCGCCCAUGCGCUAGCUGGAAAACAGGAAAUUGGAGCAAGUGCUCUGCUAACUGCAAUGGCGGCUUCAAGACUCGAGAUGUUCACUGCAUUGAUGUUCGUGAAAAGCGGCUUCUAAGGCCUUUUCAUUGCCAAUUACUCGGAUAUAAACCACAACUCAAUACUAGUUGUAACAUGGAGCCUUGCUUGCCGUGGCGUGUGGAACCCUGGAAUGAGUGUUCGAGAACAUGUGGUGGUGGCCAACAAAAGCGACAUGUCUACUGCCCAGAAGAGGGCUACUGUGACUGGACAAAAAGACCUAAUGCCAUUGCCUCAUGUAACAGGCAACCUUGUACGCAGUGGAUUAACCAGGCGUGGGGCCCGUGCGCUGUUUCUUGUGGAGAGGGCACUCAGCAAAGAACUGUGAAGUGCAUGAAUAUAGAAACUAAUGAAACUGAAGAUGACAGUAUGUGCGUGGAUAAACCCAAGCCCACGGAGUAUCAGAAAUGCAAUAUGCAAGAGUGCAGGAAAAGUACAGGGCUACCCUGUAGCAAAGACCAGCUGUCGGUUCACUUCUGCCAGAGGCUGAAGGGCAUUGGCAAGUGCUUGCUGCCAUCAAUACAGACUCAGUGCUGCUUCACCUGUAGUCAGCUCCGAAUUC